CGCGCCCCGUGUCUGUGUCAGUGUCAGGGGCGGGGCGGGGCAGGUCCGGGAGCCCGCGCCGCCGGAUGACGUCACCCGCACUUCCGGCAGGCGCGGGCCCACCGGCGGCGAGAUAACGUCACUGGUGCGCGCCGCGGGUCCGGGCGCGAUGGCGGCGCUGGGCGGGGAUGGGCUGCGCCUGCUGUCGGUGUCCCGGCCGGAGCGGCAGCCGGAGUCAGCAGCUCUGGGCGGCCCAGGCCCCGGGCUCUGCUGCUGGGUGUCCGUGUUCUCAUGUCUCAGCCUCGCCUGUUCCUACGUGGGCAGCCUCUACGUCUGGAAGAGCGAGCUGCCCAGGGACCACCCUGCCGUCAUUAAGCGACGCUUCACCAGUGUCCUGGUGGUGUCCAGUCUCUCGCCCCUCUGCGUGCUACUCUGGAGGGAACUCACGGGCAUCCAGCCAGGCACAUCCCUGCUCACCCUGAUGGGCUUCAGGCUAGAGGGCAUUUUCCCAGCAGCACUGUUGCCCCUGCUGCUGACCAUGAUCCUUUUCCUGGGCCCACUGAUGCAGCUUUCUAUGGAUUGCCCCUGUGACCUGACAGACGGGUUGAAGGUUGUUUUAGCCCCUCGCUCCUGGGCCCGCUGCCUCACAGACAUGCGUUGGCUGCGAAACCAAGUCAUCGCCCCCCUGACAGAGGAGCUGGUGUUCCGGGCCUGCAUGCUGCCCAUGUUAGCACCAUGCACGGGCCUGGGCCCUGCUGUUUUCACCUGCCCACUCUUCUUUGGAGUUGCCCAUUUUCACCACAUUUUUGAGCAGCUUCGUUUUCGCCAGAGCAGUGUGGGGAGCAUCUUCUUGUCUGCAGCGUUCCAGUUCUCCUACACAGCUGUCUUCGGUGCCUACACUGCUUUCCUCUUCAUCCGCACAGGAAUUGCCUUUCACCUCAGUCACCAUCCUCACCUUCCCCAUGGGGUGGGGAGCAGCAGUGCAGUGAUGCAGACAAGGUUGCUGUCCCACCUUGCAGGUGAGGGAACUGCACCUGAGGAUUACGAUUCUCUGGAGGGCUGGUUGUGGGGGAUGGGCAGGAUUAGAUCCUAGGACUCUCAGUCCCGUGCUCCUAACCUUCCAGCAAAUUCCUCACACCCAGAGGUUCUCACACCUGAGAGUCUCUCUCACCUCCCAGAAGGUGGCGCCUCUUUGCAUCCAGUCCUGAACUGUGGGAGGCUGGCCCUAGAUUUAGAAAGUAAAGCCGUGCGGUGGGGAAGCAAGUCCCCUAACCGCCUGGGUUUGAGCCGUCUCUGCCUCUCCUGGAUGGGUUAGCUAACCUUGCUGUGACUUCAUUUCUGUGUCCACGAAACGGGUGAAGGUCGACUCCCUGAGUUAGUGUGUGAGUGCUUAGCACAGCACCCCUCCCCACCAAGCAAGCUCCCUGUAACAACUAGCUAAUCCUGUUUAGGGUGUGUAUACAAUAGGCACUCUGUAGUGGCUUAAACCAAGGCCACUAUUGUCAUCCUCACACCUUCCAAGGAGGAAGAUAAGCUGAUGUGCCCCUGUGGGAGUCCAAGAGUCAGCCCUGCCUGUCUGCCCAGCGGCACUGGGGCGGGGGCUGCACAGGACCCAGCGUGGAGGGCAGGAGAAAGCCAGUUUUAUUGAGCAUCGUUCUCAGGACCUGGGGCUUACGUCUCCCCCACAGGAGGUAGGACCCCUAAACCUGCUCCCCCGCGUGCUCAGCCCACCUGUGAUGUGCCACCACCUAUGCAGUCUCCAGCAAG